AUGGAUGAUGGGGAUGGGGUCAAGGCUGUAGAUGUAGAGGUGGAGGCGUGGCAGAUGACCCCCGUGGAGCAAGCGUGCUUGGAGUUUUGUAUUGAGCUAAUGAACCAGCGCCACCGCACGCACGAGUACGAGAGCGCGCUGGUGUGCGCCAUGGCCGUGCAAGGAUGGGGCGAGGCGCGCUGGCGCGAUCCCAGUAGUUACCCGCCUAACCCAGGGGGGGUAACCCGAUGAGGGCUCAUCGGAGUUAGGGUUCGGGCGGCGCUUAACCCCAUUGGGUUUUAGCAGCGCGCUGAUUGGUUCAGGCGAACCAGGGAGACACCCUAACCCAGGGGGGGUAGCCCGAUGAGGGCUCAUCGGAGUUAGGGUUCAGGCGGCGC